GCGGAUAUCUACAGCAAGAACAACAAACAUCAAAACAUCACGGCGAGAGCUGCAGCAACAACGGCAAACGUGGGAUAAAGCAUACAAUUUGAAUUGCAGAUCGUCAGACGUCGCUUUCGCCGAACGGAAAUGUCUGCGGCACGUUUACCCUAUUACCAACAGCAGCAGCAGUCCGGUGAGCAUCAGCAGCGGCGUAGCGGGGGACAGCGUUGCGCUGGCUAUCAGGAUCGUAGUAGCAGUCGACGCAGCGAACGCCGCUAUAGCCGCAGUCGUAGUCGCAGCCGGAGUCGCAGUCGCUCCUUGGAGCGCCAGCGUCGUCGUCAUCAUUAUCAGUCGCAGCACCAGCAUCGUCAUCGUAGAGAUUCACGUGAUCGCCAGAAGGAAUGGGACAGGGACUAUUCGAGACGCAGUUAUUAUCAACGAGAGAGUCGCAGUCCUAGUCCAACGUCGUGUUCCUCCGUCUCCACUUCAACAGGGGCAGGAGCAGGAGCUGCAUCAGCACGUCGUGCCCAUGGUAAUGGAGGCGAUAAAAUGAACGCCAAGGAUAAUACAAUGUCCGCCGUGGGCGCCUAUUACAAUCUCGAUACGGAUGAGCCAUUCGAUAAGGAGCGUAUACAUCGUGAAAUCGAAGCAAAACUACGCGAGACACUCGCACGCGAAGGCAAAGUGUAUCCACCGCCGAAGCCAGAGGCAUCGCAUCCCGUGUUUGCCAACGAUGGCUCCUUCAUGGAGCUGUUCAAGAAGAUGCAGGGUCAACAAGAAAARCAGCAGCAGCAGCAGCCAACAGCAGAUGUAGCUGCGUCAGCUUCACCAGCCACUGCAGCCCCUUCAGCAGUAGCCGCAGCUAAUGCCAAAGCAGGAGCUACUCUUCGCGAUCAGCCACAGUCGCUGUUGGAGCCCAAUUCAGUUAUCAGUCCAUUUGGUGCUCUGCCAGCGAUUGCUGCAGGCGCUGCCAGUACUCCAGCUGCUCCAUAUAUAGCCGCUGCAGCGACUGGCAAAUCGGCGCCGCCGCCACCAAUGGUUGGACGUCGACGUGGUGGCAAAAUCUUAAAAACGGGCGUCGUUGCCAAAUUGAAGACACCCAGCGAGAGAGAUGUGGACCCGAAAGACUUUUGGUCAUUGUAUUUGGCUGAAGUAAACAAGUACAAGAGCAAUGCCUGCGAUACGGAUAAUGGCAAAAGACCGCUGGUCAAAUAGUCUACGAAACACAUUCACAUACAACUACAUCUACAUAACCCCAUACACACAUAUAUAUAUAUAUAUAUGCAGGUGUACGCACAACAAACGAAAAUAUGAACUUGAACGCAGGCAAAAACUAAUCACAAAAUGCAAUAAGCACAACCAACAUAAUUAAUUGGUUGCCAAAAAUACAAUCAGCUAUAUAUGUAUGUAUAGCUCUAUAUAUGGUUAAGAGUUUGAUACGAAUAGGCAAGCACAUCUCCUUUGCUAUAUAUACUAACUGACUUUGUAUGCAACUUGCAACACAUCUAAAUGAUGGGGAUAAUCGGAAAAGAAACAUAAUUAGUAGAUAAGA